ACUGGAAGUUGGAGCAAGAGGUCAAGGGAUGUCAUUGCACUUAGGUUGCAUCUUGACCACAACCUGUCCGAUUUCUCCCAGCUGACAAUAGGGGAAGAUGGGGAUGAGCGCUGAAUUUCAAACCUUAAUAUUGGGUGAACAUCAUCCUCUCUCUUAGCGGAAUGGCAGCACCAUAUGAAGGUGGAGUGUGGAAAGUUAGAGUGGACCUUCCUGAUAAAUACCCUUUCAAAUCCCCAUCUAUAGGAUUCAUGAAUAAAAUUUUCCAUCCCAAUAUUGACGAAGCGUCAGGAACUGUAUGUCUAGAUGUAAUUAAUCAAACUUGGACAGCUCUCUAUGAUCUUACCAAUAUAUUUGAGUCGUUCCUGCCCCAGUUGCUGGCCUAUCCUAACCCCAUAGAUCCUCUAAAUGGUGACGCUGCAGCCAUGUAUCUCCACCGACCGGAAGAAUACAAACAGAAAAUUAAAGAAUACAUUCAGAAAUAUGCAACAGAAGAAGCACUAAAAGAACAGGAAGAAGGUACCGGGGACAGCUCAUCAGAGAGCUCCAUGUCUGACUUCUCGGAAGAUGAGGCCCAGGAUAUGGAAUUGUAGUAGAAGAAGCAACCUGCUUUUCAGAGAGACUAUUAUUUCCUAACCAUGAGAAGCAGACUAUAAUAUUCAUAUUUAAACAAAGCAAUUUUUUUUAUUACUAAACAAGGUUUUUAUGAAUAAUAGCAUUGAUAUAUAUAUCACCCUUUAGAUCUUGAUUUCUUGGUCAUUUCUCAAACCCAAGGUAUAUAGCAUAUUCCCACAUUCCAUUUUGGUAGCAAUAUGCAGCCCGAAUGCAUGCAUUCAUAAUUCCAUUUGGCCAAGUCAACUUGUGUGCUACUGAACUGUCAACUCAAACAGCUGCUCCGAUAGGUAGGGACUUAGAGAUUUCCUUUUUAUCAGUGGUUCCACAGCUACCACCUUGGAUGAUAAGAUGGAACAGAGCUUUCUCAAAGUAAAAAGUCUAGGGGAUAAUGUAAGAACAUUUUUAGAUCAGACAUUGAAAUAAAAAGUGCUCCUUCAGGUCAAACUCGCUAUCAUAGUUUAUGUGGAGUUGCAUUUAAAAAGUGCACGGAGUUAUUCAGAGCAUCGAAGCUUAAAAAAAAUGACUUGGAUUUUAAGUACACUUUUAUAUUGGACUUCUGCCCACCCUCUGAACUGUAGGGACCUACAACCACUCAUCUAUUUGCUUUUGGGACUUUGGAAAGCCUUCAUCUGGACUUUACUCAUUUUCUUGGUCUGGAUUAUGAGCUGUUCCCUUUUUUCGGGGGGAAAAACACAAUGCUAUAUGAACAGUGCUUUAAUUUACCUGGAGCACAUACAAAGGCAAACUCUUUGUCAUAGUUUUGAAACUGCUACCCUGUAAUAGCUUCAAGCUUUCCUUCUUGCUUGAAGUAUGAUCAAACACCUUGCAAACUGUCUCCAUCUCCUAAAAGAGGGUUCUCUGACCAGAUGGACUAGCCUUGCUGAGAGCUUCAGACCCAUGAAGAUUGGCCCAUUGGCCAUAGUCCAUGAAUCCGUUGGCACAUUCUCUUUCCCAUUUUUGUUUUUCUGUUUUCCCUUCUGCAGCAGCUUGGUAGCCAUCUGCUUGUGUGUACAACAGACCAAACUAAAGUUUAACAAAGAAAAAUGCUCUAAGAAUAUUUGAGAUUAAUAAAAAUAAACCAUAAAUUGGGGAAACAAGCGAAAAAUAUUUUCAAGAAUUCUGAAUGAAAAAAUUGAUUUCUUCUGGUGUAUUUCAACAUAUUAAGUUUAUUAUUUUUAUUUAAUGGUAAGAGAACCUAAUACAGUAAACGCCUACCUGGGUUGCCAGUGAUACUUGAAUUUGGAUAAUUGUGCAUUUGAAAUCCUAACUAAUAUGGAUUUUAAAUCUGAAUGUUACUUGCUGUAUUCUUAGGGUUUUCUGAGGGGUUUGGAUAGACAGACAGAUACUUUAAUAUUUUUUUGAUGAAACCUUCAAGACAGUAUGUGGAAUUCAACCCACGCUGAGUGACUCUUGAACAGAGAAUUUUGAAUGACAGACUGGAUUGAGUAAACACUUUUUUUUUCAUUGUCCCACAAAUGUUUUUCUUUUAGGAAUGCCACCAAGUUUUGAGUUAAUGGGGUUGAAAGAUACAAUCCUUUUUUAAUCCAUAAAGCACAAUCAGUUUCUUUUUCCUCUUUGUUUUUUUGUUUUGGAAAAAGCUAUAUGAAGUACAAUUUUGCUUUAGCAUGAUUUUCCUUAAUAAAAAUAACAUACAAAGGGUUUACUUAUUUUAUGUUAAUUACGGGCAUGAAGCUAAAAGGUUUUUCUUUUCUUUUUUUU